CCGAAAAACCACACGUAUUUCGUAUUACUCACGUUAAAAGUAUUGUUACUUUCGAGAUUCCAUAAGAACAUGGGAUCGACAGCGACUGAAACAAUGCUAGUCAUACUUCCCUCUUAUUUCUAUCUAGUCAUAUCAGUAUUAAUAGCUUCGUUAACGUCGCCACGGAACGGCUUCAAGUUGUUUCUUACUGAAUUUUGCAUUAUAGUAAUACCCAUAAUUUUAUCGACGACAAUAUUAGCGCACAAAAUAGUUCUAAUAAUCACAGCGUUAUCGAUACUAGUGAGGAUAAUUCUGUUGUACGUGUGGACCAUACCCAACAUGUUUCCUAUCAAUCAAUCGAAAUACUACCAAGACACAGGAAAACGAGACUACGUGACAAACAUCCGAGCCACAAUUAACGUAAUAACCGUGGUAGCGAUCUUGGCUGUGGAUUUUAAAAUUUUCCCGAGCCGAUUUUCCAAAACGCAUACCGUAGGUUUUAGCCUAAUGGACACCGGUGUAGGUUUGUACGUAUUCGCGAACGGCAUCGUCUCGCCGGAAGUCAAAUCGAGAAAGGAAUCCAUCCGGAGAACGUUGAAGACUUGCGGGGCUUUGACGGUGCUCGGUUUCAUACGGUUUUUGUCCACCAAAGUGUUAGGGUACCACGUGUCGGUCAUCGAAUACGGCCUCCAUUGGAACUUUUUUCUCACUUUGGCGGUGACGAAAAUGCUAUCCACUCUUAUUUUGCGUUGCGUCCGAGUAAACUACGUUUACAUCGUGGCCGCUGUCCUGACAUGUUUCCACGAAACGCUGCUGCAGUUUUAUUUAAAGAAAUACGUUUUCUCGACCGCCAAACGGGACGGUUUAAUAUCGGCCAAUCGGGAAGGCUUGGUAUCGAUCCUCGGAUUCGUUGACCUGUAUCUGUAUUCCGUUUAUUUCGGCUACACCGUCUUCAAGUCGGAGCAUAACAAACUUCUAACGCAUGCGAAACUUAUCUUCGCGAUUACGUUAACGCUAAUUUUAACGAACACGUUCGACCAAUGGUUUGAGGUUUCGCGCAGGAUCGCCAGUGCCGGUUAUAUUUUUUGGAUACUGUUCAUAGCGAUUUCGAUGAGUUAUUUGUUCUAUCUAAACGAGGAGCUUGAAAGUUUCGUAUUUACCAACAAAAUACGGAAUUACGUGUGUGCUCCGUUGCUAUUUGAGGCGAUCAAUUUUAACGGUUUGGCUUUUUUCCUGAUCGGGAACGUGCUGACUGGUUUGGUAAACAUGACGUUUGACACGCGCGAGGCUGCUGCCCCCACGGCUAUCUUGGUUAUGACUGGGUAUAUGUUCGUGUCCUGCUUAUUCGUCCAUUUUCUACACAGUAGGAAAAUUAAGUUGAAAUUCUGAUGUUUGAGUUCGCUACAAUUUGAUUCAAAUACACUUGCCUGUUUGGAAAACGGAGCAGCGCAAACUCCAUUUUUUUUAUAAUCGGUUUUUCAGAUUAACAAACAAUAAAUCCUCCAGGAAAAAUAAUUUGAUGCUUUUUUUUUUACUUAGACGAAACUGCCUGUAUUAUAGCGUCACUGAUAGUCAGAGUGAACUUUAUAAAAUGUCAACAAUUAAGUUGAGACUCGCAGAAAAUGAGGGAAAUUUUAAAACCAAAAAAAAAGUUAAUAAUGGGGAUUGCCGUCUUUCUUUUGCUCGUUUAAAUGAAUGGGAGAAUAUGUUCUCAUUAUUUGAUUAGUUUAUCCUUUUAUCCUAUUUACCGAUAAAAGUAUUCUUAAUAAAA